CACAUGAUAGAAGCAGAUGUUCUUCUUCGUGGUGGCACAGGAGGAGAUGGAGACCCCAUCAUGGCUCAUCCGCCUGAAACAGACAGUGACAACACACUGCAGGAGUGGCUAGAAGAGAUUGUCAGCACAGAUAAAGGCAUCAAGCUGGAUUUUAAGAGCCUGGAGGCCGUACGCCCUUCCUUGGAGCUCCUCGGACACGUGAAGCCACACCUGAGGCACCCUGUUUGGAUCAACGCAGACGUCCUGCCAGGGCCUCAUGGAGGUCGUGCCGUGGUGGAUGCAGAAGGGUUCAUUGACACUGUCACUUCAUUUUUCCCAAACGUGACCUUAUCGCUGGGGUGGACGACGGGCUGGCACCCUGACAGACACAACAGAGGUUAUGACUGGGUGAUGGUGAAAGAAAUGGCUCAGGUGUGCAGGGGGCUUUCCCAGCCUGUGACUUUCCCUGUAAGAGCAGCGUUGGUGCGACAGUCGGUGUCGGAGCUGUGCUGGCUCAUGCAGCAGUCGGACAGAUACAGCCUCACCAUUUGGACAGGAAAGGAAGAUGUGUACUCUGUAGAAGAUUUGCUUUACAUCCGAGCAAACUUUGAUAAAAGUAGGGUUUAUUAUGACAUCUUAGAGCCACAAAAUUCUCAAUUCAAAAAAGCCAUAGGAGUAGAAUAG